GUCUAGGUAUAAAAUGUAUGCGGGGAGAUAGAUGAAUAGAUGGGAGAGAGAUGGAGGUGAGGUGAUGGAGUAUGUCGGCCAAAUUUGGAUUUGUCUUAAAGGAAGAUCAACGUGGCGGCCGUGCCCAAACGAGAGACUAGCAGCCAAGUAGGAACUCCUGUGUCCUACCUUUCUCUCUCUCUACAUUUCGAUUGCUUUCCUUCUUCAUUUUUCUCUCUCUAUAUAUUAUAUAUUAACAAACUAUGGGUUCCAAGGCAACCGUUUUAGCUUUAUGCGAUUGAAACAACACAAUCUUUCUUACUUUUUAUUUACCCCCCCAAAAAAAAAAAAAUCAACAAAACAUGGAAGGGGAGUGUUGUUCAAGUUCCAGCUCCACUUCCACCACCACAACCACCGAGAAGCGCAAGCACAGGCAACAACAAGACAAGCCUUAUAGAGGCAUAAGGAUGAGGAAGUGGGGUAAGUGGGUUGCUGAGAUUAGAGAACCCAAUAAACGCUCUAGGAUUUGGCUUGGCUCCUACUCAACGCCCAUCGCCGCCGCCCGUGCCUACGACACCGCUGUUUUCUACCUUCGAGGUCCUUCCGCCAGGCUUAAUUUCCCCGAUUUAAUAUACCACCAGGACGACCUACGGGACAUGUCCGCUGCUUCUAUACGCAAGAAAGCCACAGAAGUUGGGGCUCAGGUGGACGCCCUACAGCAAACGGGCCUCCAUGCAUCAGAAAAGAACUCCAACCGAGUAGUUCAAGAGAAACCUGACUUGAACCAGUAUCCGACCCCAGAAAAUUCAGAUGAAGAGUUAAAGAGGAUCGUUGAUUAGUUAGUAACUGUAACUCCUUGUAAUCAAUUUAUUUUUGUUUUCUUUAAUCUUUUUUGAGGUUAUAUAGCUACCCAGCCGCCAUAUGUGCCUGAGAAAAUGUCAGACACAAAGGAAAAUGAAGGGGUGUGUUAAAGAAUUAAAAAGAGAAGGAUUCUAUUUCUAUAUGGGUAAUUGAACGGAGGCAAGUCUCCGCUCUUGUAUGAGAGAAGUGGGUAAACGUUGCAAAAUAGUUGUUUUUAGUUAUUAGUUAGUUAAGCCAUCAUCAAGUUAAAAUCUGUGUUUGUCUUGUAGUAGCAAUAGAAGUAGUGUGUGUUGUUGAUUCUCUUAUCAUACGAUUCAAAUAAUAUGGUUUGAAAAGUAUUAUGAUGAA